AUAAAACAAAACCAAACCCAUGAAUCCGAUAGUCGGCGAUCAGAUUUCUAGAGAGAGAGAGAGAGAAAUGGAUUGCACAACUUUUAUUGCCCUGUUCCUCCUAUUUGUUUCUGCUGCCGCCGCCGAGGAGACUCUGUCGGCGUACGAAGUUCUCCAGCAGUUCGAUUUCCCAAUUGGCCUACUCCCGAAAGGCGCGACGGGGUACGAACUGAACAACUCGACCGGGGAUUUCAAGGCGUACUUGGGGGAAGGGACGUGUAGCUUCUCGCUGGAGGGUUCGUACGACCUCAAAUACAAAUCCAGGAUCAAAGGUAAGAUUUCCAAAGACAAACUUACGAAACUUUCCGGUGUUAGUGUGAAGGUUCUGUUGUUCUGGUUCGAUAUUGUGGAGGUGAGAAGGAGAGGGGAGGAGCUGGAGUUUUCGGUGGGGAUUUUGUCGGCGAGUUUCGGGAUGGAGAAUUUCUUGGAGUGCCCGCAGUGCGGUUGCGGAUUGAACUGUGUUAAUCAGCAAGGGAGGAGGAAUGUCAAGUUGAAUCGGUUUGUGGCUUCUUCUUAGUUGUUUUCUCUUAAUUUCUUACAAGUUUUUUGGUUCUCAUGUUCUUGUUUUAUGAAUCUCUACUGUCGCUGUAACGUCCUACGUACUAGUACUUUAUUUACGAGAAACACAAAUGAGGAAAUCAAGUCUUACUCAUAGCUUUGGGUGAAAAUAACGGACAUCCUUUGACAUUUGAAAAAAGUUCCAGAUCGACAAUCCCUUCAACUUUAUAUCUGUUCGUGUUCGAUC